AUUGAGCUGAUCAACGGUGCCUUGGGCCUCCGCUCUUUCUUGGGCAGAAAUUCUCCGCCGUGGGCAGGCGUCGGACUCAGCAGCAGCCCACGAAACCCUCGUGAAUCGGGUUUGGCUUCUUGACUGAGGCUUGGGCGAAGGCUGGUUUGGGUGUCUGCCUGGCUGGGUGUCUGGCUGGUUGGGUGAAGGCUGGGUGAGCCUCUGACUCUGAAUCCAGGGUUUCAUCAGUUGAGGCUCUCAUGCCCUCUGGCUAUGGCGGAUUCCUAGCAUGCCAUCUUCUUCGCUAAACAUCCAAGUUGCUAGGCCGGACAGCCUUCUGAGCUUUGGUCUCUGGAGCUGGUUAAAAGGGAAUUCGGUGGUUCUUCCGUUGCUCGGUGUGUCGUUAACCAUUAAUCGCUCAUGGAGGAAGAAGUUGGAGCCGCAUCCGAGGACUUACCACCCGAUGGCAUACCAGCCGACGUGAACGACGACGACGAUGACGACGAUGACGAAAAGAUUGUUGAAAGGGAUCCUACUGGAAGAUACGGUCGUUAUGAGACUGUCCUUGGAAAGGGUGCCGUUAAGACCGUCUAUAAGGCGUUUGAUGAAGUGGAUGGGAUUGAGGUGGCGUGGAAUCAAGUGAAAGUGCAAGAGGUGUUUCAGUGCCAAGAGGACCUGGAGCGACUGUUCUCAGAAGUGCGGCUUCUGAAGACCCUCAAGCAUAAGAACAUCAUAAAGUUCUACAACUCUUGGGUGGACAUUAAGUCCAAGAACGUCAACUUCAUCACCGAGAUUUUCACGUCGGGCACGCUGAGACAGUACCGGAAGAAGCACAAGCACUGUGACAUGAAAGCGGUGAAGAACUGGUCUCGUCAGAUACUUCGAGGCCUCCUGUACCUUCACAGCCAUGACCCUCCUAUCAUUCACAGAGACCUGAAGUGUGACAACAUCUUUGUCAACGGGAACCAAGGAGAGGUGAAAAUUGGCGAUUUGGGGCUUGCAGCUAUUCUGAAACACAAAAACGCCGCGCACAGCGUCAUCGGUACUCCCGAGUUCAUGGCUCCAGAGCUGUACGAAGAGGAAUACAACGAGCUCGUCGACAUCUAUGCCUUCGGCAUGUGCGUACUGGAAAUGGUUACUCUGGAGUAUCCUUACAGCGAGUGCAAGAACGCUGCACAGAUCUACAAGAAAGUUGUUUCGGGCAAGAAGCCUGCAGCGCUGGACAAGGUUAAGGACCCAGAAGUGCGAGCGUUCGUGGAGAAGUGCCUGGCCACUGCUUCACGCCGCCUUCCAGCAAGGGAAUUGUUGAUGGACCCUUUUCUCAAUGAUGGUGAUCGUGGGGGCCUCGGAAACCUUGACAUGUCGCAUCUCUCUCGCUCCAUGUCCAAAGGAAGCGACUUAUCAAGUGUGGGAAGCCGAGGUCAGGAUUCUUUCAGGUCGAAGUCGAGUCCGGAGAAGCCUGCGUUGCAGACAGAGGUGCAAUCUACAGCGUCUGGAAAUGCUGAGAAUGAUCAACAGCUCAAGAGCAGUGCAAGCAGAUCCAGCGACAGUGAUCUCGAGGGUUUGCAUGAAGCAGAUCGACUUCGUUGCAGUAGAGAUUUUAAAGUGAAGGGAAAGCUCGUUGAAGACGAUGAUCACACUGUGUUCUUACGUUUGAGGAUCGUCGAUUCAGAAGGUUUGGUGCGCAACAUCCAUUUUCCGUUCAACAUGGAAGAAGACACUGCUUUUAGCGUCGCGAGUGAGAUGGUUGAAGAGCUCGCCCUGUCCGACCAAGAUGUUACCAGCAUUGCUGAGAUGAUAGACGCGGAAAUCAUGAAGCUCGUGCCGGAUUGGAAACCGGGGCCAUCGUUUGACGAAACCGAGGGCUCGGAUGGAACCAGGAGUGAGGUCAGUGAUGCGGACGAUCAAGAAGAGCAUGAAGAGGAAGGUGAAGAAGUUGGAGAGGUUCACCUGAGUACAAUUUCGUCAUCCAAUUCGUUGCCCGGGCGAUCUUCGGACAGAUCGCGUUCAGCCUCUCCUUCGCGUUCGCGUUCUCGAUCUCAUUCCUGCCAACGGGGUUGGCCAAGUGCUACCUCGCCUUCUGCGUCAACGAAGCUUUUCUCUGGCUCGCCUGCAAACGGAGGCUUGGACCACGUUGGUGUGACUCAUGGUCGCUUCUGGGAAGGCCUACCAGGCACAGUCGCUGAUGGCGGGGCCGGGUUCUCCAGCGAUGAGUCGGACGAAGGAGCGCAGCAGCGAGGAUCGGGAACGUUGAGCGAUUCUGAAGACGGCCAAGGCCACGUUCAGGGGGAGGAGGCAACGGCAGCCAGCGUGCCUGGAGACGCACCAGUGAAGAGGUUCGCAGCUGAUGAUAUUGCCCUUUCGCUACCGUCGGAUGGUUCGAGUGAUCUCAGGAGGGAUUCAGCAUCGAGCGGGAGGAAGAGCCUGACUGAUUUCAGCGCUGUGAUUGAGCUCAAGAGGCACAGCGAGGCGUCCGGAGGAUGGGAUCCUAUGCUGCACAGCCAGUCCGUGGCGGAACUUCCAAGAGCAUUUGCGAGCCCGUGGAGUUCUUCUGGUGAGCUAGAAAGAGGUGACGGGGACGACGACCUGAUAAGGGAGGAGGAGGAGCUUCGGCUGGAGAGGGAGCAUGAGAUGCAAGAGCUGGAGAUGCGGUAUUGGCAGCGGUUACUUGCAGUGAGGAACAGGCAUAGAAGAGGCAAGAUGGACAGUUUCUCUGGCCCUAUGCCUGGUUCGAGCUCGAACGACCUUGGCCGAAAUCCUCAUCGAGAGCACGAGCGGUUCCCUGGACCUGGCGGUCGUUUCAACGGACUCCUGGAACCCGGCGUACCAUAUUCUUCGCGUUCUCAACCGCUGCUGCAUCACGGCGAUUCAAGGGUAGGCUUCCGCAGGGGUGGCGAUGAACGAGCCGAGCCGGAAUAUUACUCGAAUGACGGGGGUGGCAGCGGGAACAUGCAUGCGAAAGGAGAGUGGGAUGUACACGGAGACCCGCGGGACAGGCACCAUCCGUCGCGCCCUGACUGGGAGAGGGUAGCGCCUCAUCAUAGCUCCAGCGGACAUCGUGAGGCAAUGGAGAGGGAUCCACGCUGGGGCGUUGGUCGAGACGGCCCAGGCAGAGAUGCAGGUCACGACGGCCGCGGAAGAGGCUGGGUGAGGGAUCUGGACCACAGUCGCGAGCAAGGACGUACCGAGCCAACACCCCGCCAGCACGUGUACCCUUCAAGGGAUUCUUCUCGUUCCCCUCCGGCGAAAUGGGGCGAGUUGGUGCAGGACCCCAAUGCUCCUCCCUGGUGGUUGUCUCAGCAGAGGGCAGGGAUGCAGCCUCCACACAUGUACGCAAAUGGUGGAGAUGGGGAAUACUAUGGCGUCGCGCCUCAUCGAUUCGACUUUGGGCCAGGGGGGAAGAAGUGGGAUCCGCGUGACUGGUCCAGAGAAGAAGCUUUUCGCAGAGCUGAGGCAUGGAGGUACCAGUCGAGAGACGUGGAGCCUGGUGAGGAACCUUGGGCUAAGCAAAACCGAAGGGAGCAGUACGAUGGUGGCAGGCAUGAGGGUGUAGAGCGAGAUAGGAGGGGUGAUGGGGAGGAGGAUGGUUCAGGCCAUGGGGGUCGAGCUUACCAGAGGAUGGCGGCAGCACAAAGGGACCAGGAGGCUUACUGGCAGGCUAGAAGGGAACCCAGGGACCUUGAUUCGAAGCUUGACAGGGUUUCCGGUUCCAAGGGCGACUCUGGUGGAGGUCGUAAGGGAGGAGCUGACAGGGAGAGGGCUGACUAUCAGGAGGGAACAGCUGGAGUCAGAAGACGAGAGGGGGCCAAUGUGGGAGAGAAUCUGUUGCAGGAGAGGCAACGGGGCAUGGAUGCGAAGGGAGACCAGCAUGUUUCUGGAGACAUGGUCAAGAGGGAUUUGGAGGGUGAUUUGGGAAGAGCUCCGCCAAAGCAUCUGCAGGAGCAAAGCCCAGGCGAACUGUCCAAGGGAGGGGAACGUGGUGGAAGAUUUUCGUCUUCAGUUGCAAGCCUUGAAUCCGACACGUCUUCCUCGUGGAGCCCGAGCAGGGGCCAUCAUUUGUCACCACAAUCACAUGAGCGCGAGGAGCUUGGCGGGUUGGACCUUCGUAAGGCGGCCUCUGAGAAGGCGGCCGCGAGUUUCUCGAGUGCAGGCAGGGAGUAUGCUUCUAAGUCUGAUGCAGCACUGCCAUCGAAGUUGUCUGCACUACAGAGAGAGGGGAGCAAGGAGCUAGAUCCUGAUGCGCAUUCACGGAUGUUGGGCAAAUCAGGGGAACUUGGACUGCAGACUGGAAGGAGGGAUUCAGAUGGUGAUUCUCAGGGGAGACUACAUAGCAGCAACCUUGGACCAAAGGUGGCUGCAUCCAGCAGGGGUGACGGUGUACAUCUGGGGCCUGCUUCACAUGUCAGAGAGGUUCCAGAUUCUGUCUUGGCCCUUGAUCCACACACACACGGGCAGCAAUUGAAGAAAGAGCAGCUACAGAAAUCGAUUGCAGAGCUGGAGGCGAAGACACUGCAGGGCCUGGUGAACAACAAGAUCCCAAAGAACGGGUUUGCAGCAGCACCCAGCUCUAGCAAUCCCUUGGCCAUGAAGAAGCCAAGCAUCAGCUCCCGUCCCCACCAAUAGGUUACCUCUUUAUCACUAGGUUUAGUCUUAGGAUUUAGGGUGCUAUUGUCAGGGUAUUGGCCAGUGGCUCACUCUGUUUUCAGUUUGGGGUAUCGCAUUUGAGUGGCCUUUAUCAAAUAGAGCAUUUGCUCUAGAAAUGUGUUUUAAUCGCAUCCCCUUGAAUCCCACCAAUCGCAAUGGGUGUUCCGAUCAGAUUCAGCCAGCCAGGGGUCAACACAGCAGCGAGGUCACAUGUCCCCCACUCAAUCCACUCCACAGCAGAGAGUUCACGUGUCACAUCCUCGUCGUGCUUGUCGCGUAUCGCACUCCUUUCACUUGUGUCACACGGCUUUGCACGGCUUUAUUCUUCGUUACUGCUGUUCCUCUCGACUUAGCUCACCAGUCGCAGCUGUCUGCUGCUACACCCUGACUCUACCCCGCUGAGCAAUCCGUCAUCUGCCGUCUGCCCUCUGCCUCCUUCCGUCUCGCCCAGGUGCCUCGUAUUGAGAAAUCUCAAAAACAGUUUCUCGUUCACCCUCCAGACUCUCCGACCUGGACUCAAACCUUGGGAUUGCCGCCGCCAUGCAUACCGCCCCCCCGCCGGUAGAUUCCCCUUCCGCCGCGCAGGACGCCGGCGCAGUUGGCGGAGCGGACGGGUACUCCGUGGAUCCUUUUGCGGAUCCUUUGGCGCAGCCGCAUAUGGCGGAGAGAGAGGCGGAGCCCUCUGCGGACAGGGACUCCGCGGGUGCUGCUUUCCCCCCCGCCGCUGCUGCCCCCGACAUCCAACACCCGCUUCACCCGCUGCACCCGCUGCAGCCUCAGGCAGCCGCGCACGGCGGCCCGCCGCAACCCUCCGCGCAGGCGCCUCUUCCGCUCCCGCACGACGCGUUAGCCGCCGCGCAGGGGCGGGGCGCGCGGGAGCGGGAGGCGGCAGAGGCGGAAGGCGAGGCGCUGUCGGUGCGGUUCAACCAGGACUUCUCGUGCUUCGCGUGUGGCACGCGCAGCGGGUUCCGCGUGUUCUGCUGCGACCCGCUGUGGGAGACGAUCCGGCGCGAGUUCGACGGACGCAGCGUGGGCAUGGUGGAAAUGCUGUUUCGCUGCAACUUCCUCGCUAUUGUUGGUGGCGGGCCCAACCCCUGCUACCCGCCCAACAAGGCGAUGAUAUGGGACGACAACCAGAGCCGGUGCAUAGGCGAGCUGACGUUCCGCAGCGAGGUGAGGGGCGUGCGGCUGCGGCGGGAUCGCAUCGUGGUGGUGCUGGAGCACAAGGUGUACGUCUACAACUUCGCCGACCUCAAGCUGCUGCACCAGGUGGAGACGCUCUCCAACCCCAGGGGCCUGUGCGAGGUGUCCCAGUCGGCCGGCAGCUUUGUC